AUCUCUGCAAAGGUAUUGUGUGGAUGUAAACAAGAUCAGAGGGGUCGACUUCCGCGGUCGAACGAGGAACAGCAAUUUUUCUGUGACGAUUUUGCUCCGAAGAGUCUUAUCAAAAUAAUUAUGCUUGGUUCCUUAGCUUGCAUUAUUUACUUCUAGCUGGAAAGAGAGUGAAGUUUUUAUCAGCACAUGUCCUUCUAUUAUUCUUGAUUGUUUGGACCCCAAACAGCCCGAUGAGGGACAAAACAGCAGUAUUUCCCCUCUCAUUAUGCCGAUUGUCUCACCUGAUGAUAGCGAUUCCAAUUCACGAUCUCACGAGCCUGUGUUGAGGAGAAUACAGGCGGACUCCAAGGAUUCUCAGGUGACCGGCAACACGUCCAAAGAGUCCUUACAUAGUCCGAAGGACAGUGGCCAGAGGAAGAGUCCUGGUCAGAACUUGUUUACAUUAGUUGACCCGUCGCGAGUGCAGGGUGCGGAGGCACCGCAGGAACUAUUGUCGGGCCAUACCACGCCCAUGCUAAAUCCAUCGGGCAGCUACUGGGGGAGCUUCACAAGAAGGUCGCAUUCACCAAGGACAAGGCUCUCUCCACCCUCUCUGACAGGGCGGAACUACUCUUCACGCUCCCACGUGGUACGUGGUCGGCACUCCCCAUCUGACAACGCACCGUCAAACCAUCCCCGCUCCCCCAGCUACGACUUUCGUGAAACAACUAGCCGAAGAAGGUCCUAUCACGACUCUCUUGGCGUUGGGAACCAAACAUCAUCGGGGGUAUCAUCAGGAGCUCAACCGAUAGAGGAAACAAACAGAAAGAUGCAUCUCUCCUGUAUGCAGAUUUUUACCUCUACAAAAUGCCUUGCUGUUUGACUACUACUGUGUUUCAAGACUUGAGCCAGGUCUGGUUGAAUGUCCGAUGACAAAGAGAGUGCAGGGCUUCCGUUGCCAUGGAGAUCCGCAUCUCUCGGUUAUACCUGGGCUUCCCUGUCCGCACCAAACUAAUUAUCCUGACAUCCCAAUUUGUAUGGAAUUGAAGGGACUGACAAAGCAGAGUCCGUGUAAUAGAGUUCAAUAUUAUGGAGAGAGGCUUCGGAGUCGUAGCAUGUCCCAUUAAACGAAUAUAAAUGGGAUAGCAUGCCUGUUUUAUUCCGUUUCGAGUUCCAAAUGAUGUUUCUAUUGUUGUUGAAACAGGGGAGAGAAUUUGUGAGAAGGAGAAAAAGGAUAGUCAAGGUUUAGAGUGAGAGAGAGAGAAGAGAGAGGGGGAUAGAGAGAAAGAGACUAGUGAUUGUGUGUGUGGGUUAGUGUAUGGGAGUGUGUGUGUGUGUGUGGAAGAGCAGGGAGAAUAGAUGAAGCCAUAAGCAGUUAGCAAAUGCAUUCUGUGAUAAAAAGAUGGACCGAAGAGAGGAACAUGAAAGUAAGAUUGGAGAUAAAAGAGGAUCAGUUUUACCCGUCGAUUUCAGUGCUUCCUGCUUCGAUUUACUACAGGGAAGCCCACUACUUCUAUCUGCCUGAUGACAUUAUGGUAAUGAGGACAAGUCAGUGGCCCCGAGAGCUUUACCCAAUGUAUCGGUAAUCACGUCAUAAAAUAUAUAGAUGAAACUCUCAUUGAUAUCAUAUUUAUCAUAGUUUAGAUGAAAGUAAUUUCUUGUCAUUGAGGCUGGGAUUUCUAUGUCGUUAACCUGACAAGGAAAGGAAAAAGGAGGCAAAAUCACUGUACCGUUGUCUCUUCAGAACCCUGGAAAUGUGAAGAGAAGUUUAUUGUUUGGCUGUACAGGGUAGAGUCGAGAAGAACCUUGGAGGAAUGACCCUUCCUUCAAGGAGAAUCCAUGGAAAUUCAAAGUUAAGCAAGAUAGAUGACAUGGAUUAUCUUAAUCAAGUCAUUUCAACUAUAUAUUUCACUUGCAGGAGAAUAUUGAUAACGGAAUUACCACCCCCCCCCCCUUUCCAGCAGGCAUUCAACUUUUGCCUAUUAUUUCAUUAAAAAACUAAACCUUUUGGGGUCUGAUUUUAUUAUGUAUCACAUGGUUAACAUUUUUUAAUGGAGAGGAGUUUCGGGUAUUUUGAAGAAAAAUAUCAUGUUUUCACUUUAAUGAUUAUGAAAUAAUAUUACAUGUCUUUAUAGCAUGGGGAAAAGAUCAAUAGAUUAUGGAUUAAUAUUUUACUUGAAUUCCAAAGAAAUGACAGCAUAGAGAAAUUCUUACAUGUAAGUCAUGAUAGCAACACAAUUCUAGUUAAAAUUUGCUUUAUUGUUAGGAAUACUAGAUAAGAAAAAGUAAAAAAAAAAUGCUUCAUAUUGCUGUCAAUGAUGAGGUAAAUUGCUUUGAAUUAUAAUUAUUUUAAAUACACUGGAAUUUUGAUC